AUGUUCAGUGUUCAAUACCAUGAGUCGGACUACAAGACCCAGAACUCGGAUUACAAGGAGCCGACUUCCGGAUAUACUCAGGAUUCCCCAACUUACGAAUUCAAAGCCGCGACUCCUGCUUACGAAGUUCUGAACACCGAUUACAAGGCACCAGAGCCGAGUUACAAGGCCCCGAAUCCUAGUUAUCAACCUCAAACACAAAGUUACGAUGCCCCGUCUUAUGAAGUUCCGAAAUCGAGUUACGAAGCCAUGGCUCUAAGUUAUGACCCACCUUCCCCGAGUUACGAACCACCUGCCUCGAGUUAUGACCCACCUGCCCCGAGUUACUACCCUCCAACCUCGAGUUACGACCCACCUGCCCCGAGUUACUACCCUCCAACCUCGAGUUACGAAUCUACCACGAGCUCCUACAAGGCCCCGACCAGCAGCUACAUCUCCCCCAUCAGCGACUACAAGCCCGUGGGACCCGUCAUGACCUACGAAUUCCUCGACGACCCUUACAACACCUACAACCCCAAGGACGAUGUGAGCCUGCCGAAGGAAGACGACUCAUAUAGUAAACUGAGAUCUGGAGAAGGUAUCCUACUAAACGAGCGUUCUAGUUCAGGCAGCAUUAAGGAACCCCAGAAGGAUAUCAAACGUCCUGUCUUCGCGAGGAAAGGUGGCGAGGGCGAGGACAUAGAGACGACCACCUCCAGUCUCGGCUUCCCCUCCUCCAGGUACCCGACGAACCUCAGCCCUCAGAACUUAAACCCUUUUGCCAACUUGUUUGCUGAGUUCGAUGACGUCUUCGAGGAGAGAUUACGGAAAAAUUCUUAA